AUAUUUUCUUUAUUGGUUGAGAAAAGCUACUGUUAACUUGUUAUCUUACUCUUAAAAAGGUACAUCUAAUCUUGAUUAGUGCGUCAAUGUCAAACGGUACAGAACAUUGAUCACAUAGUUGAAUAUGUUUAUGGCUUUAUGCUUAAUGGUUUGAUCAACCAAAUAAAAUUAAGUUUGAUGCAAAUUCUGUUUGGAGUUUGGUUUACUUUAUAAUGUAAUGUGUAAUUGUGUAUGAUCUUAAAGUAUUUAAUUAAAAAAUGUUAAAUUCAUAUAAAGCCUUUGUUCUUUUUAUAAUAAUUUAAAAAAUUGUUUUUGGAUAAAUAAAUCUACCUUUUACUUGAAUAUUAUAAUGAGACACUGUUUAACCUUUUUUCAUGCACUGUUUAACUAAUUAUAUUUUACAAUCUAUUUUAUAAUGGUUGAAAUAUUUUGGUUUCUCUUUCUUACAAUUUAGUGAUCUACUAAGGAUUUCCUUUUUCUAUAAGAUGAAAAUAUUGCGGUUGGAAUGUUCAACUGAACUUGAUCACAUAUCUUGUUAUGCAAGAAACAAAACUUAUAAAACAUGGUGAAUUACAAAAAAAAAUCAUUAGUACUAUUUCAAAAUCUUCAUCGGUGGCCGAACAAAAUGUAUAUUUAGGAACUGAUUGAUGGAAAAAGUAACAAAAAUGAGUUCCGAGGUCUAUGUCGUGAAAGGUGCACCUGAGGAUGUAAAGACGAUCAAUGUUUCUGUUAAGGAUGUGAAGGGAGAAAUGACCAAGGAAGAUAAAGUUAUGAAGAAAGAAGAGGAGGAUACUACAUUUGAUGGUGGGUUCAUAAAAGUUGACAAAGAAGGGGUUGACACUAAGGAUGGUGAGAAAACAGAGAAGCAAGUUCCUAUUGAAAGGAGCUCAAGCAGUGAAAGUUCACAAAAAGAACUAUAUGAAUUGCAAGAAAAGGUGAAAGCACUCAAGGUGGAACUGAACCAGGAACUUGAGAAGAACAAAGCUUCUGAAACCCGGUCUGAACAAGAGUUAUUGGCUAUUAAAGAUCUUAAGGGUAAAGUCUCUGAACAGGAAAGCAUUAAUCUAAUGCUAAGGGAAAAACUCAAAGAGAAGGUCUUAUCUAAAGACCAAGAAGGAAUCAUCAGAACUGCGUAUGAGAAGUUGACCAAAGUGCUGAAAGAGAAAGAAGUUCAUGAAACAUCUGUAGCAGAGAUCACCCGUGAAGCAGCUAAAACAAAAGAGACCUGCAAUGAACUUGAAAAGAAACUGAAGAUUUCAGAUGAAAAGUUCUGCAAAACAGAUGCUCUACUGUCCCAAGCUUUGUCCAACAACUCUGAUCUUGAAAAGAAACUGAAAUCUCUGGUGGAGCAAGUAUCUCAACUAAAGUCUGCUUUGGCAGUGUCUAAAGAGGUGGAAAAAGAUUCUGCUAGACAGAUGCAAGAGUACCAAGAAAAGCUAACUAAACUGGAUUCUUCUCUAAACCAAUCAUCAGCAAGAAUCUCAGAUCUUGAAAAAGAUUUGAAAACUGCUUUGCAGAAAGGUGCAGAGCACGAAGAUCUUGGAAAAAUGAGUACUGAGCGCAGUGUUGAGCUUGAAGGUUUGUUUCAAACAUCACAGUCUGAGCUGGUGAAAUCAGAGGAGAAGCUGAAAUCAGCUGAAGAGAGACUUGAGAAGCAAGCAAGAGAAAUAGAUGAAGCUAACAGAAGAAGCACAGAGAUCAAAGAUUUGCAUAAGCACUCAGAUCUUAGCAUUCAGAAGGCGAUGAAGGACCUCAACAUCAUAGACACAGAGGCCAAGUCAUUGACCGAGAAAUCGAAACAUCUGAAAGAGAGAAUAAGAUUAUAUGAAGACAAGUUGGCUGAGGCAUCUGCUCACUCGUUUUCUUUAAAACACGAUCUUGAUAAGUCAUCCUUGGAGAAUGAGUUACUAUCAGAUACAAACAAUCAACUCAAGAUCAAGAUUCAAGAACUUGAAGGCUUUCUGGAUGCUCAGAAGGAAACCGCUACUGAAAGGUAUAAUCAGAGAGACAUAGAAGCUAAAGACUUGGCUACAAAGUUACAAUCCCAUGAAAACCUAAUUGAAGAACAUAAAAGCCAAGUUCUAAAAGUAUCUGAAGUUGCUGAUACUAGAAAAAUGGAGCUUGAAAAGGCUCUACUAAAACUCAAGACUUUUGAAGAUACAAUCAAAGAGCUUGAGAAAGAAAAUGGAUCUUUAGCUGAGGUGAAUCUAAAGCUGAACCAGGAGCUAGCCAAUCAUGGGUCAGACACCAGUGGUUUUCAGGAAAUGUUGUCUGCUUUAGAAGCUGAGAAAGACCAAACAGCAAAAGAGCUUGAGGCUUCAACGGAAGCUGUAGAAAAAUUAACAAACAAGCUUACUUCUGAAGAGAAAGAAGCGGUCUCUAAGAAGCAUUCAGAAUUGGAAGCUAGUCCACAAGAAGAGCUUGAAGCUAAGAAGUGUAUGAUCGUUCAUCUCGAAUCACUGUUGAAAGAUCUUGAACAGAAAGUGCAGCUUGCAGAUGCUAAAUCUAAGGAAACUGAGACUAUGGGAAAAGGAGAAGUAGAAGUUAAGUCUGGAGAUAUUGAUUUUUCUUUUCCAACUUCAAAGCAACGUAAGAGCAAGGAGGAGUCAGAUGCUUCUGCUUCACAUUCGUCUUCUUCAGGAAACGUUACAACACAGAUAGCUGACACAUCUCAUCUCAUGACAUUGAAGAUUGUACUUGGAGUUGCUCUUGUGUCUGUCAUUAUAGGUAUCAUUCUUGGUAAAAAGUAUUGAAGAUUCUUACUGGUGUGUCAUUGUUUUUUUGGUGUGUCAUUGUUUUUUUUCUUCUUUUUAUGUAUGAAAGAUUUCUUGUGGUUUGGGUUUGGUGUGUUUUCUUGCUUUUACCAUCGUUUUUAUUAUUAACACUUUCAUGUUUGCCAAGUAAGGCCACUUUUUCUCUUCCUC